CACUCCGCGCACCAGAUGGAGUGCGGCGUGGCGGGCGUGGCGGGCGUGGCGGGGUCCCUGGCGGCGUCCGGGGCGCCGUCCCCGCUGCUGGGGGCUUCCCUGGCGGACCGAUCGCGGCCCGAGCGGUCGCCCGCCAAGCACGGCCUGCACGUCAACUUCACCGAGAAGGUGGAGGUCAAGGAGCGCAGGGAGAAGUUCCUCACCGCCAAGUACGGCUCCCACCAGAUGGCCCUCAUCCGGAAGCGGCUGGCCGUCGAGAUGUGGCUGUACGACGAGCUGCAGAAGCUCUACGAGUCCACGGAGAACAACAAGAACGACGAGGUGGAUGUCGACAUCGACGAGCUGCUGGACAUGGAUGACGACAACCAGAGAAGGAUACACUUGCAGAGGAUUCUCGCAGAUGCGAAGAAGUCUUCUCAUGAUGUCAAAAAAUUUGUCGAAGAUCUCCUGGAACGAACAAAGACUCUGUGAGGACUGCCAUUGUCGAAGUGGUGCCACCACUCUCCCUUUUGUUACAGAGCUGUGCUUGCCACGCUUGGCAAGAUUUAUACCAUGUACUGCAAUUGAUGAAAUUUGAGCUGUGAAAAGCUUUUAUAUCAAUGUAUUCACAGUGCUCCACUGUGAUAAAUUGUAUUUACGUGUAAUAAUUCAUACAUGUUAGUUUUAGAAUGGUUCCCAGAAUGUAAGUGGCAAUGGUUUAGAAACAAACCUUAUUGAGAAUUGUGUUUUUUCACGUAAUGAAAAGACAUCUCCCCUUGUAUGUCAAAUUGACAUUCUUCAAGAUCUGAAAACAUGGAUGUUCAACUUUGCUUCUCAGUCGGAGAAGUAAAAUUCUCCAAGGUGGAAUAAUUACAAAUAUUAUAAAUUUACUUUUGGUUUAUUGAGUUAGUUUUAUGUUCAACUUAGUAUUACUUUUUGUUCUUUAAAAUUUUUUUGUUGCAUGCCUUGUCACUAAAGGACACAUACUACGUGAAAUAUGCUGUAUGUUCUUUUGUAGCUAACAUGUCAGUUAGGAGUAACCAAAGAUUUUUUUGGAGGUGUUUUUCCAUAGAACACCAACGGUCCUAUUGCACCUGUCUUGUUUUGUUUCCUUGCCUUAAGGAAUCCUCAGCAGCUUUGUGAAAAUUUGAAACUCAGCAUUCCCUAUCCAUGUGGUGCGAUCUUUGCAUGGCUGGCCAUGGCUUUGACGUGGUUUCAGGAGAAUUUUACCCUCUCAUUUGUGCUAAAUGAAGACCAAAUUUCAGACAAUCGCUUAUGUCUGGUUAUUGAGACUUAUACUCCCCCUGAAAGCAAUGAGGAUAUGGUUAUAGCUGUUUCAACUAUAGAGAUUUUUUUCCUGUGAACUUUGGGUUUAAUAUUAAUCAUUUUUAACAGUAUAAUAUUGGAAAACUAGUGCGUAAGUGCUCUGCACAUGAACUAUCAAUAACUCAUGAUUUCAUGUGAAAUAGACCAUUGUAGAAAUGUGAUAUUGGAGCGAAUUGAGGCUGCUUUGUUAAUUACACAGAUUAACCAUAUACACAAGAACUUAAAAUAAUAUUUGUUAUGUUUUUGUAACAUUUGCAUAGAUAAUGCAAGGAAUACCCUGCCAUUCUGAUCAGAAAUUUCCCCGUAAUGGAAAAUUUUCUGGGAAAAAAAAUCAAGAAUGCUCACCGAUAAAUAAAAAUCUUUGUGUUUCCUAUAGUACAAGACUCUUCUUCAUCUCACCUACUGAGGUUGCUGCAAAUAUCGGUCUAUGCAUAGAUUGCCAAGUAGAUCAUUAACAGCUACAAAUGAAGUACUUCCUUGUCCUAUUAUUUACAAUGGUCCAUAUCCAACAUACCCGAAUUUAAUUUCUGUAAGAUAACAAACCAGGUAGUUUUAUUCUGAUUUUAUCUUGACCUCUUUGGUCAAGACAAUUGGUUAAGGUUGAGAUUUAAAAAUGAUUUUUCAUGAUUUUAUGGUCAACCUCCAUUAUUAAUAUUGUGAGCAUCUGGUAGAAAACUGAUGCAACCUUAAAGAUGAAAGAAAAGGGUUAAGUUACAGUAGUAAUGUAAUUGGCUGCCGUUCAUCUAGAUAGCAUGAGUUUGUUGUCAAGGAAAUUCAUAAUGUAUGUAUGAUCUCAUUGCCUGAACUGAAUUUAAUGUGUCAACUUCAAAAUAACCCAAAUUUAACCCUGUUUAUUCUAUGCCACUCUUGGAAAAAUGAAAUAACAUAGAAGCUUUUUCAAAAAGAAAAUUUGUUUAUUUCCUAAAGACCUCAAUUGUAUCUCCAAAUUGUGAAAUUCAAAGUUUCAUUCACGUAACUUAUAGAAGUAAAAUUCUUAUGCCAACUCCAAGGCAGAGAGCAGGAACUAAUAAAAUUGUUGCAUGGAUGCCAGACUUCAUGGUUCAGGAUUGGGUCUUAUAUACAAACAAGAGUGACCAGAACCCAAAGCAUCGCAAUGCCCCUUUUCUACUGUUCUUUUUCAUGUUUCAGACUAGUACAUCAUAAGCAUCAAAAUAAAAAUUUGUUAAGAAUUUUAUCAA